AUGAAGUAUUUGAUAGAAUACUUACCUAGAAUUGAUUGUAUUCAGGUUCAAAUUGAGGAUGAUGUAGAUAGUGUUAUAUUGAAGGGAUUAACACCACAAGAAAUGGUUAUUGAAUGUAUGAGAAAUAAUAACACCACUCAUAAGCUACAACAAUUAAAUAUAGAAUUACCUCAAGUUGUUCUAGCUGUUGUAGAAAAAAAUUUAAAAUUUAUUAGACAUAGUAAAUAUAUGUGGUCCUUAAGAUUAAAGUUAUAUCCGAAAAAGAAUUUAUCACACAAGAUUUCGACUCUCUGGGGGUCGUACGACAUAUUACUAGAUUCAAAAUUGAAUAAAUGGAACAAGAAACAUUUGAAAAGUUUAAAAGAUUUUCAAUUUAUAUGCGAUUGUUGUAAAUUUAUUAUUUUAGAUAGUGACACUAAUUGUCAAAGAUUGAAUGAGAUGCCUUCUGACAAUUGGGUGGAAUUGAUGGACUAUUGGCAUUGCCAUAAACCUGAUACUCCAAUAGAAUACAUUGAUUCCUCAAAGCAAGAUUUACCAGCAUUUUCAUCGUCUAGAUAUUCCACUCUAAAACCAUAUACUAAUGAAGUUUUGAUAAGUGGAUCAACUUUUCAUACACUUUUAGGCACAAUAAAAGAUAAAAUUGAGGCUAUUCGACAAGAAGGAAAGACGAUAUUGAGAUGUAUUAAAUGUUCAAAUGUCUUAGGUGAAAGGACAGCCUCUAAUAACAUAUGUAAAUUGUACAAAUGGAAAUUGAACUUACAAUGUAAGCAAUCAAAUGAAUUAGAUUGCUAUCCGCCGCAAAAUGAUGUAAUAUUGAAGAUUUGGAAUUACGUUACAAAUUAUUCAAGAAGAUACAUUUUAUUAAAAUGUAAGGAUCGUAAGGACCUUUUGAUUUGGAUCUUUGCUUUAGAUAUUGGUGUAACUUUAACUGAUAACGUUGUGUAUCCAAACUCGGUAAAAAUAUUAUACGUAAAUGGAGAUAAUAAUGAAGAUUAUAAUACUACUAAACAAGGGAAGCGUCCUAAAGAUUGUAAUAAUAAAAAUAAGACUAUGAAUGUGGAAGAAAUUGACGUUAGUGAAUUACCGUAUGAAAAAUUUUUAGCACAACUGAAUAACAAUAAUCAACUUUUACCUAAUGCAGCCCAGGUGUUUAAUAAAUGGAGAAUAAGUUAUCUUCCAUUGACUUAA